UAGCUGCCGCCGCCCGCGCAGCGACUAUGUCGCGCGCACACUGCCACUUGCGCGCGGUUAUGUGCUGGGCGGCCGUUUCUCCGCGCCGUGCAACGUUCCGGGGCGCGGGGCGGCGAGGGUUGAGCGCGCGGGCCGCGCCGCAAGAGCCGGGCAUGGAGUAUCAGGAUGCCGUGCGCAUGCUCAACACCCUGCAGACCAAUGCUGGCUACCUAGAGCAGGUGAAGCACCAGCGGGGUGACCCCCAGACACAGCUGGAAGCCAUGGAGCUGUACCUGGCGCGGAGCGGGCUGCAGGUGGAGGAUUUGGACCGGCUGAACAUCAUCCAUGUCACUGGGACCAAGGGGAAGGGUUCCACCUGUGCCUUCACUGAACGGAUCCUUCGCAGCUACGGCCUGAAGACAGGAUUCUUCAGCUCUCCCCACCUGGUGCAGGUACGUGAGCGAAUCCGCAUCAACGGGCAGCCCAUCAGCCCCGAGCUCUUCACCAAGCACUUCUGGCACCUUUACCAACAGCUGGAGGAGACCAAGGACGACAGCAGCUGUGUGUCCAUGCCUGCCUACUUCCGCUUCCUCACGCUCAUGGCCUUCCAUGUCUUCCUCCAAGAGAAGGUGGACCUGGCAGUGGUGGAGGUGGGUAUUGGCGGCGCCUAUGACUGCACCAAUAUCAUCAGGAAGCCUGUGGUGUGCGGGGUCUCCUCUCUUGGCCUUGACCACACCAGCCUUCUGGGGGACACAAUAGAGAAGAUCGCGUGGCAGAAAGGGGGCAUCUUCAAGCGUGGCGUCCCCGCCUUCACCGUGCUCCAGCCUGACGGCCCCCUGGCGGUGCUGAGGGACCGUGCCCAGCAGGUCUCGUGUCCGCUUUACCUGUGCCCGCCGCUGGAAGUCCUGGAGGAAGGCGGCUUGCCUCUGGCCCUGGGCCUGCAGGGAGAGCACCAGCGGUCUAAUGCCGCCUUGGCCUUGCAGUUGGCUCGCUGCUGGCUGCAGCAGCAGGACCACCAAGGCAUCCGGGAGCUGACGGCAUCGUCCAGGCAGAGCCACGCAGGGCAGCUGCCCCUGGCGCCUGUGUUCCAGCCCACGGCCCACAUGCGGCAGGGGCUGCGGGACACGGAGUGGCUGGGCCGGACGCAGGUGCUGCGACGAGGGCCGCUCACCUGGUACCUGGACGGCGCGCACACCUCCAACAGCGUGCAGGCCUGCGUACGCUGGUUCCGCCAAUUGCUGCAAGGCCGGCAGAGGCCGAGCUCCGGACCUGAGGUGCGUGUCUUGCUCUUCAACUCUACCGGGGACCGGGAUUCCGCUGCCCUGCUGAAGCUGCUGCAGCCCUGCCAGUUUGACUAUGCUGUGUUCUGCCCUAACCUGACCGAGGUGUCCUCCACCGGCAAUGCAGAUCAGCAGAACUUCACAGUGACGCUGGACCACGUGCUGCUCCGCUGCCUGGAGCACCAGCAGCUCUGGAGCCGCCUGGACGGGGAGCGGGCUGGCCUGGACUUCUGGGGCACCCCCGUGCCGGAGCUGGGGGGACCUGCGUCCCUGCUGCUGGCCCCCCGCGCCCCCCGCGCCCAGAGCACCAGCUCCCUCGUCUUCAGCUGUAUCUCGCACGCCUUACAGUGGAUCAGCCAGGGCCGGGACCCUGUCUUUCAGCCACCUGGUCCCCCGCGGGGCCUCCUGACCCACCCGGUGGCAGACACUGGGGCCAGCGUACUCCGGGAGGCUGCGGCCAUCCAGGUGCUGGUCACCGGGAGCCUGCACCUGGUGGGCGGGGUCCUGAAGCUGCUGGAGCCCUCCCUGUCCCAGUAGCCGACUCCUGCCCUGCUCGCCCAUGGACUCCUCUCUUAGGUGCCUUUUGUUUUCUGUGUCCUGACUCCGACGAGGAUCAGGGUCCUGGGCUCCGGACAGAGGGCCGCGGCGGCCGGCUGGGAUGGGGCAGCCUCCGUCCCUAAGCCCAGGAUGCCCUCGGCCUCUUCUUCCUCCCAGCGAGCCCAGGAUGCCGAGCCCGGAGGGCUUCCCAGUCCUCCGGCUGCUGCAGCAGACCUCCCCGCCGGCCCCUGUCCCCUCCGGCCCCACCUGCUUCCCGGCCCAGAGCCAGCUCAUUGUGCUGGCUGCCUGGCCGGGCGGGGGUCCUGCCGGUGCUGGUGGACAGAUUUCCUCCUCAGUGGCCUUCUGGGAAAGGAGCGGGCCCUUGCUUGGAGGCGCCUGGAGAUAGAAGGUGACUGGAGCGAAUUAAAGCCUUUAACGUUUUUUAGAAAGGGUGGACUCUUGACCUCCAGCUCGCUCCACAGACAAUAGGGGAGCGGGGCUGCUGGCCCGGGAACUGGACUGUGCAGGAACCGGGCUGCCAGGCUCCUCCUGAGCCUCAGCUGGCCUGUCUGUGCAAGGGGAGGUGGACGUGUCGGCGAGCCCCGGCCAGGCACCGCCCUGCAGCCCCACAGAGACCUGGUGUGGAGGGGUCUCCUGCCCAUUUUGCAGAGGAAACUGGUGGGGCUUAGAGAAGCCACGCGACCUGCC